GUGCCCCUGGCCUUAUAGGGCAUGGCAUCAAGAGGUAUAAAUGUGACCUGCACCCUGAACCCCAAGUCAGCGCAGAGCCAAAGAGUCCGGCUGAUUUGGUCCAUCAGUUGUCUGUUAGUGUGUCCAUUCUUCAGUUUUCUUGUUGGUCUUCAACCCACUGAGUCGCCAUGGGUGAUGCUGAGAUGUCGGUGUUUGGGGGUGCAGCUUCGUACCUGAGAAAAUCAGACAAGGAGCGUCUGGAAGCCCAGACUCGCCUCUUUGACAUGAAGAAGGAAUGUUUUGUACCCGAUCCUGUGGAGGAGUUUGUCAAGGCCUCCGUCGUAAGUCGAGAGGGAGACAAAGUGACUGUGGAGACAUACAGUGGGAAGACAUUAACCGUCAAAGAUACAGACCUUAUGCAGCAGAACCCUCCAAAAUUUGACAAGAUUGAGGACAUGGCCAUGUUAACUUUCCUGCAUGAGCCCGCCGUGCUGUAUAACCUGAAAGAGCGUUACGCAGCCUGGAUGAUCUACACCUAUUCUGGGCUCUUCUGUGUCACUGUCAACCCCUACAAGUGGCUGCCAGUCUACGACCAGGCAGUGGUUCUUGCUUACAGAGGAAAGAAGAGGAGCGAAGCUCCUCCUCACAUUUACUCCAUCUCUGACAACGCUUAUCAGUACAUGCUGACAGAUCGUGAGAACCAGUCUAUCUUGAUCACUGGAGAAUCUGGUGCUGGAAAGACUGUGAACACUAAAAGAGUCAUUCAGUAUUUCGCAAGCAUUGCAGCAGGCGUAGUGAAAAAGGAUACUUCUGCCCAGAAUAAGGGGACCCUGGAGGAUCAAAUCAUACAGGCCAAUCCGGCCCUGGAGGCUUUUGGUAAUGCAAAGACCAUCAGGAAUGACAACUCCUCAAGAUUUGGCAAAUUCAUCCGCAUCCAUUUUGAUACUCGAGGGAAAUUGGCCUCAGCUGAUAUCGAGACCUACCUUUUGGAAAAGUCCCGCGUCACCUUUCAGCUGAAGGCUGAGAGAGAUUAUCACAUCUUCUACCAGAUUCUGUCGAACAGAAAACCUGAAAUACUGGAGAUGUUGCUGGUGACGAAUAACCCCUAUGACUACGCCUUCAUCUCUCAGGGAGAGACAACGGUGGCCUCCAUCGAUGAUGCUGAGGAGCUGAUGGCCACUGACAAUGCCUUUGAUGUGCUGGGCUUCACACAAGAGGAGAAAAACUCUGUGUACAAGCUGACUGGUGCCAUCAUGCACUAUGGUAACAUGAAGUUCAAGCAGAAACAGCGUGAGGAGCAGGCAGAAGCUGACGGCACUGAGGAUGCUGACAAAGUAGCUUAUCUGAUGGGCCUGAACUCGGCUGACCUCAUCAAGGGCUUGUGUCACCCAAGGGUCAAAGUAGGGAAUGAGUGGGUCACCAAAGGACAGAAUGUCCAGCAGGUAAACUAUGCAGUUGGUGCCCUUUCUAAAGCAGUAUAUGAGAAAAUGUUCUUGUGGAUGGUGGUGAGAAUUAACCAAUCCCUGGAGACCAAACAACCUCGCCAGUACUUCAUUGGUGUGCUGGACAUUGCUGGUUUUGAGAUCUUUGAUUUCAACACGUUCGAGCAGCUGUGCAUUAACUUCACUAAUGAGAAGUUGCAGCAGUUCUUCAACCACCACAUGUUUGUCCUGGAGCAGGAAGAGUAUAAGAAAGAGGGCAUUGAGUGGGAGUUCAUUGACUUUGGCAUGGACUUGCAGGCUUGCAUCGAUCUCAUCGAGAAGCCCAUGGGUAUUAUGUCCAUCCUCGAAGAGGAGUGCAUGUUCCCUAAGGCCAGCGAUUCCACCUUCAAAGCAAAGCUGUACGACAACCAUCUGGGAAAAUCUGCCAACUUCCAGAAGCCCAGGAUUGUCAAAGGGAAACCAGAGGCCCAUUUUGCCCUGGUUCACUAUGCUGGCACUGUUGACUACAACAUUGUCAAUUGGCUGGUGAAGAACAAGGACCCUCUGAAUGAGACAGUGGUGGGAUUGUACCAGAAGUCAUCCCUCAAGCUGCUGGCUACUCUUUUUGCCAACUAUGCUAGUGCAGACCAAGCACUGCAAGAUGCAAAGGAAGGCAAGAAAGAGAAGAAGAAGAAAGGAUCCUCUUUCCAGACUGUGUCUGCUCUCCACAGGGAGAACCUGAACAAGCUGAUGACAAACUUGAGGUCAACCCACCCUCACUUUGUGCGCUGCAUCAUCCCCAAUGAGACCAAGACCCCUGGGGCCAUGGAGAAUCCUCUGGUGAUGCACCAGCUGCGCUGUAACGGCGUGCUGGAAGGCAUCAGGAUCUGCAGAAAGGGCUUCCCCAACAGGAUCCUCUAUGGAGACUUCAAACAGAGAUAUCGCAUCCUCAAUCCGUCUGCCAUCCCAGAGGGACAGUUCAUUGACAGCAGAAAGGGGGCAGAGAAACUGUUGGGGUCUCUGGAUAUUGACCACCAGCAGUACAGAUUUGGGCACACCAAGGUAUUUUUCAAAGCUGGUCUGCUGGGUCAACUAGAGGAGAUGAGAGACGAACGUCUGUCCAAAAUCAUCACUGCCAUCCAGGCCAGGUCUCGUGGUCUUCUCUCAAGAAUUGAGUAUCAAAAAAUGGUGGAUCGCAGAGAUGCAUUGCUUGUGAUCCAAUGGAAUGUCCGGGCCUUCAUGGGCGUGAAAAACUGGCCCUGGAUGAAACUCUACUUCAAAAUAAAACCUCUACUGAGGUCAGCUGAGGCUGAAAAGGAGAUGGCCAAUAUGAAGGAGGAGUUCCUGAAACUAAAAGAGGCGUAUGCAAAGUCCGAGGCCCGCAGGAAGGAGCUGGAAGAGAAGAUGGUCUCUCUUCUCCAAGAGAAGAAUGACCUGCAGUUACAAGUCCAAGCUGAGCAAGAUAACCUCUGUGAUGCUGAGGAGCGGUGUGAUCAACUGAUCAAAAAUAAGAUUCAGCUGGAGGCCAAAGUCAAAGAGAUGACAGAGAGACUGGAGGAUGAGGAGGAAAUGAAUUCAGAGCUGACUGCUAAGAAGAGGAAGCUGGAGGAUGAGUGUUCUGAGCUGAAGAAGGACAUCGAUGAUCUGGAGCUCACUCUGGCCAAAGUGGAGAAGGAGAAGCAUGCAACUGAGAACAAGGUGAAGAACCUGACUGAGGAAAUGGCAGCUCUGGAUGAAAUUAUUGCCAAGCUGACAAAGGAGAAGAAAGCUCUACAGGAGGCUCACCAGCAAACGCUGGAUGACCUGCAGAGUGAGGAGGACAAAGUCAACACCCUCACCAAGGCCAAGGCUAAACUGGAGCAACAAGUCGAUGAUCUUGAAGGAUCUCUGGAACAAGAGAAAAAAGUACGGAUGGACCUUGAAAGGGCCAAGAGGAAACUAGAAGGAGACUUGAAGUUAACCCAGGAGAGCAUAAUGGACCUGGAGAAUGACAAGCAGCAGCUGGAGGAAAGACUGAAGAAGAAAGAUUUUGAGAUAAGUCAACUCAACAGUAAAAUUGAAGACGAGCAAACAAUGAUUGCACAGCUGCUGAAGAAACUAAAGGAACUGCAGGCUCGCGUUGAGGAGCUGGAGGAGGAGCUGGAAGCAGAGCGAGCUGCCCGUGCCAAGGUGGAGAAGCAGAGAGCAGACCUGUCCAGGGAGCUGGAGGAGAUCAGCGAGAGGCUGGAGGAAGCUGGUGGAGCCACUUCUGCCCAGAUCGAGAUGAACAAGAAGAGGGAGGCAGAGUUCCUGAAACUGCGCAGAGACCUGGAAGAGGCCACACUGCAGCACGAAGCCACGGCGGCCACACUGAGGAAGAAACACGCCGACAGUGUGGCUGACCUGGGGGAGCAGAUCGACAACCUGCAGAGAGUGAAGCAGAAGCUGGAGAAGGAGAAGAGUGAACUCAAGAUGGAGCUUGAUGAUGUUGUCUCCAACAUGGAACAGAUUGCAAAAUCCAAGGCAAAUCUGGAGAAAAUAAGUAGGAGUCUAGAAGAUCAGACUAGUGAAUUCAGAACAAAGACUGAGGAAAAUCAACGGACGAUCAAUGACUUUACAACUCAGCGAGCAAAACUUCAGACUGAAAAUGGGGAGCUCUUCAGACAGCUAGAAGAAAAAGAAUCUCUAAUUUCUCAGCUAACUAGAGCCAAACAGUCCUAUACUCAGCAGAUUGAAGAUCUCAAAAGACAACUAGAAGAAGAAGUUAAGGCUAAGAACGCACUGGCCCACGCGGUGCAGUCUGCUCGCCACGACUCAGACCUGCUGAGGGAGCAGUAUGAGGAGGAGCAGGAGGCCAAGGGGGAGCUGCAGCGUAGUCUCUCCAAGGCCAACUCUGAGGUGGCUCAGUGGAGGACAAAAUAUGAGACUGAUGCCAUACAGAGGACUGAGGAGCUGGAAGAAGCAAAGAAGAAACUGGCUCAGCGUCUGCAAGAUGCAGAAGAGGCUGUGGAAGCUGUUAAUGCCAAAUGCUCCUCGCUGGAAAAGACCAAACACAGGCUGCAGAAUGAGAUUGAAGAUCUCAUGGUGGAUGUAGAACGAUCCAAUGCAGCUGCUGCCGCUCUGGACAAGAAGCAAAGAAACUUUGACAAGGUCCUGGCUGAGUGGAAGCAGAAGUAUGAGGAGUCUCAGAGUGAGCUGGAGAGCUCCCAGAAGGAGGCCAGGUCUCUGAGCACAGAGCUCUUCAAGCUAAAGAACUCUUAUGAAGAGUCCCUGGAUCAUCUGGAGACAAUGAAGAGAGAGAAUAAGAUCCUUCAAGAGGAAAUAACUGAUCUGACCGAGCAACUUGGUGAGAGCGGAAAGAGCAUCCAUGAACUGGAGAAGAUCCGUAAACAACUGGAACAGGAGAAGGCUGAGAUACAGGCUGCCCUGGAAGAAGCAGAAGCUUCUCUAGAGCACGAGGAGGGAAAGAUCCUGCGAGCCCAGCUUGAGUUUAAUCAGGUAAAGGCUGAUAUUGAACGCAAGCUGGCUGAGAAGGACGAGGAGAUGGAACAGGCCAAGAGGAACCAACAGAGGAUGGUAGAUACCCUGCAGAGCUCUCUGGAGGCAGAAACCAGGAGCCGGAAUGAAGCCCUCAGGCUGAAGAAGAAGAUGGAGGGUGACCUCAAUGAGAUGGAGAUCCAGCUCAGCCAGGCCAACAGACAGGCAUCUGAGGCUCAGAAGCAACUGAAGAGUCUCCAUGCACAUAUGAAGGAUGCUCAACUGCAGCUGGAUGACUCCCUACGAGCAAACGAUGACCUGAAAGAGAACAUCGCCAUCGUGGAGAGACGUAACAACCUUCUGCAGGCAGAGCUGGAGGAGCUGAGGUCCAUGGUGGAGCAGACAGAGAGAGGCCGCAAGCUGGCUGAACAGGAGCUUCUGGAUGUCAGCGAGAGGGUGCAGCUUCUGCACUCCCAGAACACCAGCCUGCUCAACCAGAAGAAGAAGCUGGAGGCCGAUACAUCCCAGCUUCAGACUGAGGUGGAGGAGGCUGUGCAGGAGUGUAGGAAUGCUGAGGAGAAAGCCAAGAAGGCCAUCACUGACGCUGCCAUGAUGGCGGAGGAGCUGAAGAAGGAGCAGGACACCAGUGCUCACCUGGAGCGCAUGAAGAAAAAUAUGGAGCAGACUAUCAAAGACCUGCAGCACCGGCUGGAUGAAGCUGAGCAGAUUGCAAUGAAGGGGGGCAAGAAGCAGGUGCAGAAGCUGGAAGCCCGGGUGCGAGAACUGGAAACUGAAAUUGAAGCAGAACAGCGGAGAAGCAAUGAAUCUGUUAAAGGAAUCCGCAAAUACGAGAGGCGCAUUAAGGAGCUCACCUACCAGACUGAAGAGGAUCGUAAAAACAUGGCCCGCUUGCAGGAUUUGGUGGAUAAACUGCAGCUUAAGGUCAAAUCUUACAAGAGGUCUGCGGAGGAAGCUGAGGAACAAGCUAACGGCAACCUGGGCAAGUUCCGCAAGCUGCAGCACGAGCUGGACGAGGCGGAGGAGAGAGCCGACAUCGCAGAGUCGCAGGUCAACAAGCUGCGCGCCAAGAGCCGCGACGUCGGCUCCAAGAAAGGGUUUGAUGAAGAGUGAAGCUCUCUGAUGGACCCUUCUAAAAUCCUCCUGCUGUAGUUUGUCUCCACUAUCAGUGCUGCUCUUCUGAUUGAGUAGAAUAAAGUUCUCUCUUGCAACGUU